AUGGUGAAUUGCAAUGUAUAUGGCUGUAAAAAUCGCACUGAACGAAAUCAGCCAAACAUAACCUUUCAUCGUUUUCCCAAUAAUCCACAGUUAAAAGAUGCAUGGAUUAAGUGUACUCGUCGAAUUAAUUGGAACCCAAAGAGUCAUUCUCGGAUUUGCUCUAAACAUUUUGACCCCAGUUGCUUCCAGCAAAAAUCAAAUAGAACCUACUUGAAUCCACAUUCAAUACCUACACUUUUCAUGAAGGCAUCUGUCAGAAUCCGCCAUGAUAUGCGCUUGUUAUGCAUUAACUUCGUCGUGAUCGGUGCUAGUUGUGCCGUCAAAUAG